AGAGAGAGCAAGGGGUUUGGUAUAUAUUUUGUUCUCUCAUAACAAUUAGCAAAAUAUAUUUAACUUUUCCCCUCCCACCCCAACCCCACCUCCAAACCUCACAAAUCUCUGUAAAAUUCAUUUUCUCAGUAAACAAAAACAAAACAAACAAUCAAACCCUAACUAGUUUUUAUUAUACCCUUUCUUUCAAAAAAAAAAAAAAAAAACGAAGACCCCCCCAAAAAACAGAAACCCUAGUCCUUUCUUUUUUCCCAUUUUCUUUUGAUUUUUGGGGCUUUUCCUUUUCGGGAUUGAAUUCGGAGCAAUUCUAAGCUUGCGAAUUCGGCCUGUAAUGUCCGCUUGAUUAGUUGAUUCAAUUCGAGCUUUCUUAUUAGGGAGGCUUGGAAUUUUGGGGGGGGAUUUGGGAUUAGGGUUGACGUUGAAAUUGGUUGGUUCGUGAAAUUUCGAAGAAGAAGAAGAAGAAGAGGAAGGAAGAUAGCUUAGCUAUGGAAGGCAUACCGCACCCAAUUCCUCGGACUGUUGAGGAAGUCUUCAGCGAUUUCAAAGGCAGGCGCAACGGCUUGAUUAAGGCCCUCACUUCUGACGUCGAGAAGUUUUACCAGCAGUGUGACCCCGAGAAGGAGAAUUUGUGUCUGUAUGGACUUCCUAACGAGGCAUGGGAAGUUAACCUGCCUGUUGAAGAGGUGCCUCCAGAGCUUCCGGAGCCAGCCUUGGGCAUAAAUUUUGCCAGGGAUGGUAUGCAAGAGAAAGACUGGUUGUCAUUGGUUGCAGUUCACAGUGAUUCAUGGUUGCUUGCUGUUGCAUUCUAUUUUGGUGCACGCUUUGGUUUUGGUAAGAAUGAAAGGAAGAGGCUUUUCCAGAUGAUAAAUGAUCUUCCUACCAUAUUUGAGGUUGUCACAGGUACUGUCAAGCAACCAAAGGACCAACCCGGUACUCAUAACAACAGCAGCAAAAGCAAAUCAAGUGGCAAGUCUCGGCAAUCUGAGUCCCAGACCAAGGGAGUUAAGAUGUCUCCACCGCCAAAGGAGGAAGAUCAUGAAAGCGGCGGAGAAGAAGAAGAAGAAGACGACGAGCAGGGUGCUACUUGUGGGGCUUGUGGGGAUAACUAUGGUGCAGACGAGUUCUGGAUUUGUUGCGAUGUGUGCGAGAGAUGGUUCCAUGGAAAGUGUGUGAAGAUUACACCUGCGAAGGCUGAACACAUCAAGCAGUACAAAUGCCCAGGUUGCAGUAGCAAGAGGGCUAGAGUUUGAAUUUGGAGGCUGAUACCCGAAAGCGGACAAGAUUUACUUCAAUUGCAAUUGGGAACUAAAACAGAGUCAGUUGUCAGUUGUCAGUUUUUAGUUAAUGAAAUUUGAAUGACUUGAGACGGCAUUCCAAGUUUUGAAACUACUCCUGUUUUUAUGUUCUGUCUAAUUUUCUAAGGAAUUUGUUUCUAAUAUGGAUAGUGAGUUGCAUCCUUAUGAGUACACACUAAUGUGUUUAUAUGAUUAUGAACCA